GUGGGAACCAGCGUGAGCUUGCCCGUCAGAAGAACCUGAAGAAGACACAGGAGAUCCACAAAGGGAAGAGGAAAGAGGAUAGCUUGUCUGCUUCUCAGAGAAAACAGAGAGACUCUGAAAUUAUGCAGCAAAAACAAAAAGCGGCUAAUGAAAGGAAGUCUCUGCAGACGGGAGCAAAAUGA